AUGGAAGAAAUUAUUGAAAAUUGGUUAAAUGACAGUGAUGCGGAACUUAUAAGCGACAGUGAUGAGGAAGAAGUUGAUGAUUCAGACAAAGAUCCUGAUUGGAAUGAUGGUGAAAAUUAUGAAGAUAUCGACAUUAUGGAAACAAUGACGGAUUGUUUGCCCAUUGAUUUUUAUGGUUUAUUUCUUGAUGAAGAAAUUUUAGACUUUUUACUAAUAGAAACAAACCGAUAUGCCUCGCAAUCUCUUCGUAACCGUAAAUUGAAGGCAUAUUCUCGAUUAAAAAAAUGGACCCCGAUCGAUCGUACAGAAAUGAGGAAUUUUCUGGGCCUUGUUAUGUGGAUGGGAUUGGUAAAUAUGCCCAGUUUAGUUGAUUAUUGGCGGAAAGAUAUAUUGUAUGCGAAUAAAGUUACAGAAGUAAUGAGUAGAAAUAGAUUUGAGUUAAUUUUAAGUAUGUUUCAUUGCUCAAACAACGAAAAACCAGAACAUGGAAG